CACUCGACUUUUUUUCUUACUUAGUUAGUAGCUUCGAAUCGGCCGCGGAUGCGCACUGGUUGAGUUUCGGAGCGGAUUGAUUGUUCUGCAGGUGAUUUGUCAGAAAAGUGAAAGAGUGAAGAGCUUUAUGGACUGUCGAUUUGCGAGUGAAAGUGAAGUGACAUUACGCGAUAAGAAUUACGAUUGUGGCGAACAAUUCUAAUGAACUGAAAGCUCUGCUGUUCGAAAGGAAGUUACUAGAAAAACAUUGUGCCAUCGGAGAAAUUGAACAGGAUCUCAUUAAUAGCCAACAUCGCACGUCUGUCUGUUGCGUCCCGGUCCUUCUCCCCUCGGUAGGGGACAACGACGACCGCCAUAAUGAGGAAGAGGACGACACUUGGCCUAAGCUCGUUAGGCUUGCUAUUGCUCGUUCAGACCACGGUGGCACAACUUUUUCCUCAGACGAGCAUCAACGAUGAGAAUGCCCUAGUGCCAGCGGGCAGGAAAUAUCCACGACAGGCCAACGGAGCCGUUGGGUCCCGACAUGACCACACCCUCAUCGAGACCAUCGAUGUUACGUGUGACCAGAAAAAUGGCAUGCUGGUAACAAUCGAGUUCGAAUCCGACUUCCAGGGAGUCAUCUACAGUCAGGGCUACUACAACGAUGCCAAGUGUCGGUACGUUUCGGCUGGCAAAGGAGGACGAUCGUUUACCUUUACGGUGCCCUUCGCCGGAUGCGGCAGCAAGCCAUCCUGUUCGGUGUGUUCGUCCGUUGACAACGUGUUGGUAAUCCAAACUGACGAGGAUGUCCAAGAAGCAUGGGAUACUGCUCGGCGGAUCUCAUGCAGUCAGGUCGAGCAGCAACAGAAUACCAUCUUUUUCAAACCCUUCGUGGUUGACAUGUUGGAGGUCGUGAACGUUCCGACUGCUACCGGAGGUGUAGAAUGCUGGAUGGACAUCCAACGCGGUUCGUAUCCAAACGUUUCUCCUAUUCCCAGCAUUAUCAAGAUUGGAGAAUCUCUUAGUAUCCUAGUGUACUUGAGAGAUCCCAAAGGCGAGUAUGAUGUAUCGGUUAAGGAUUGUUAUGCAUACGACAGCCCCGAGUAUGAUGCAUCUGGAACCAGGAGACUGCAGCUAUCGGAUAAAAAUGGCUGCUCACGAAAGAAGAAAUUGUUCGGUUUGUGGGAAAAGACCACACAGACAGGAAACUCCGGUGCCACACUUGUUUUGCAUAACAACAUUAAGGCAUUUAAGUUCCCAGAUCGAAUGCAGGUCUUCCUGAAAUGUGACAUCGAAAUCUGCCGGGGAGGAUGUGGCCCUCCGGUAUGCGAAAUUGAGGAAUUGGUCAAGGCCGUUGAUAAGCCUACUACAACUCGAAGACCAGCGCCAGUUACUACCCUUCCGCCACGACGGGGAACACGCCCACCGCAAACUGUUCCGGCUUCAUUCCCUACUCGUGGUCGUAGACCUACAGAACCCCCAAGAUCCACUACUGUAGGCACCUACACGACGCAAUUGCCACCACAGAGAACUCAACCACCUCGUCCAACACCCCCAUCAACUGUGGCUCCGGUAAUACGUCUUCCAGCUUCUACAGCUCCACCUCGCCGAAGAACUCGACCGCCAAUCACAGUUACAACCGAAUUUGUAUGCACACCUGGCUCCACUGAUGAUCGUUGCAACGCAGUUCUGGUAACUGAAAAACCGACUUGCUACCGCGGUUCCAGAGAUCCACGAUGCCGUCAGCCUUCGACAGCAGUGCCAAUAACAACUCCAGCACCACUACGUUGCUUCCCUGGAUCCUCUGAUCCACGCUGUCCAACUGUCCCCACAACACCAGCUGCUCCUCGAUGCUACCCUGGAUCCACUGAUCCACGCUGUCCAACUGUACCCACCACAACAGCUGCUCCUCGAUGCUUCCCUGGAUCCACCGAUCCACGAUGUCCUAAACCAGAAACUACUCCAGCUCCCCUGCGUUGUUUCCCGGGAUCAAAUGAUCCUAGAUGUCCUAAACCAGAAACUACUCCAGCUCCUCUGCGUUGUUUCCCGGGAUCGAAUGAUCCUAGAUGUCCUACGACUUUCCGCCCGUCUACGACUCGUGGAACACGUCCGACAGGGCGAGGUACUCGUCCAACUGGCAGGGGCACCAGACCCACUCGCCCACAGACAGAGGCACCUACAUAUCUACCACCGGUUGAAAGCCAAAAGACCACCUCUGCACCGGACUGUUAUCCAGGCUCGAAUGACCCUCGCUGUCCUCGACCGGUUCCAUCCACUCCCAGACCAGUGGAAGAAAUUGAUGCUGAAUCUGGUCCGUCAUGUUUCCCGGGAUCUAACGAUCCUCGGUGCCGUACUCCGGUUCUACGAUGCCCUCCAGGCACUACCGAUCCACGGUGCCCGGGUGCUACGAGACCAGCUCCUCCAACAACACGUGCACCUGCUCCAACUACACCAGCACCUCCACGAUGCUAUCCAGGAUCCCCUGAUACACGUUGCCCGCAAACGACACAAGCUCCUCGGUGUUAUCCAGGUUCCCCUGAUCUACGCUGCCCACAGACAACUCCUACUCCAAGAUGUUACCCUGGAUCCCGUGAUCCAGCAUGUUAUGAAAAGACGGAUUCCCCAACUUAUUUGCCUCCAGAAGAGCCAACUACCACUACAUUCCGUCCGACCACUGCUGCUCCAAGAUGUUAUCCAGGUUCACCUGAUCCAAGAUGUCCUCAAACUACUCCUCGUCCUACGACUCCUCCUUCACCACGAUGCUACCCAGGAAGUACCGACCCUAGAUGUCCACAAACAACAACAUCACGACCAGUACCAACAACUACACCGGGUCCACGUUGUUAUCCUGGAUCCACCGAUCCUAGAUGUCCAACUGUGCCAACUACAACGCAAGCACCUCGUUGCUUCCCUGGAUCAACUGAUUCACGGUGCCCACAAACCACGCAAGCUCCACGAUGCUCUCCGGGUUCAACAGAUCCUCGCUGUCCAACUACUGCAAAACCAGCACCGACCGCACCUCCUGCACCCCGUUGCUAUCCUGGAUCAACCGAUCCCAGAUGCCCACAAACCACACCCAGGCCAACUACCCCGGCUCCACUACGAUGCUAUCCAGGAAGCACAGAUCCUAGAUGCCCACAAACCACCACCCCACGACCAGCUCCAACCACCCCACCCGCACCGAGAUGCUAUCCCGGAUCUACGGAUCCAAGAUGCCCACAAACUACUCCUAGACCAACCACACCUCCAUCACCGCGGUGUUUCCCUGGUAGUACUGAUCCUAGAUGUCCACAAACAACCACUCCAAGACCGGUUCCCACUACUACACCUGCUCCUAGAUGCUAUCCUGGUUCCACAGAUCCUCGGUGCCCUACCCCACCACCAACUACACAGGCUCCACGAUGCUUCCCUGGUUCUACUGAUCCAAGGUGUCCUCAAACCACUACCCCUGCUCCUCUCCGCUGUUAUCCUGGCAGCACCGAUUCUCGCUGUCCUCAAACAACUACGCAGCGCCCCGUGCCAACGACAACCGCUGCUCCGCGAUGUUAUCCAGGAUCACCUGACCCACGCUGCCCUCAAACAACACCUGCGCCAAGAUGUUACCCUGGAUCAUCGGAUCCAAGGUGUCCCACCGCUCCAAGACCUCCACCAUCGACUACUCCAGCUUGUUAUCCUGGUUCACCCGAUCCAAGAUGUCCUACGACACCAAGACCGACCACACAAGCACCUCGUUGCUACCCUGGAUCAACUGAUCUUAGGUGCCCGCAAACAACUGCUGCUCCAACGUACCUGCCUCCAGUGGAACCUAGCACCACUGCCACUCCGAGAUGUUAUCCAGGCUCUACUGAUCCUCGCUGCCCUGUACAAACCACUUCUCGGCCCAACUGCUACCCAGGAAGCACGGACCCACGUUGUCCACGGCCUGUAACCACAACACCACGACCGGUUCCAACGACCACUCCUGCGCUGAGAUGUUAUCCUGGUUCAACCGAUCCAAGGUGUCCGACAACUCCACGACCAAGUCCAACAACAACGGCAGCACCAGUUUGUUACCCAGGUUCAUUGGAUCCCCGUUGUCCACGACCAGUCUCAACUACACCGGCCCUGCGUUGCUUCCCAGGAUCAUCUGACCCACGAUGCCCAACAACUCCGCGACCCACCCCAACAACCACUUCGGCUCCAAGAUGUUAUCCAGGCUCUUCUGAUCCAAGAUGUCCAACGACGCCAAGACCGGCACCGACGACGACUGCUGCACCAGCAUGCUAUCCAGGUUCCACAGAUCCACGCUGUCCUCGACCGACAGCCACUCCUGCCCCUCGGUGUUUCCCAGGAUCUACCGAUCCACGGUGCCCAACUACGCCACGGCCGACACCUCCAACAACCCCAACGCUCAGAUGCUUCCCAGGAUCAACGGAUCCACGCUGUCCAACAACCCCUAGACCAACAACCACAACCCGUCAACCAUGUUACCCAGGAUCUCCAGACCCGGCCUGUCCACGGCCAUUCUACACGACAACUCCGUCUGCUUGCUACCCAGGAUCACUGGAUCCAAACUGCCCGCAGCCGUACAGACCUAGCAGUACAAACCCACCAGCCACCUACUUGCCACCACUGCCAGCUGGAUUACGAACCGCCCGGCACUUGAGCGAAAGCACCCUGAAGGACAUCAAUGCUCUAGCGGAAAUUUCCGAUCUCGAACCUGUGGAUGAACCAGUUCCCAUCGUGGAAGAUCAGAACAUACUCGAGCGCAACAAGCGAGACUUGGGGGAUCCGGCAAAGGAGAUCAUUUCGAUUACGCUCAGCGUCAAGGGAUUCCAGUUUGAACACCUUUGAGACGCCUCACUCUGAAUAUUCGUAGGAUGAAAUGAUUCUUGUCAGAAAAUACUCUUCAUUUUAAAUUAGACUUAGGAUUUUUUUUUCAUGUGUACAAAGAUUCGAUUGAGCGAAGACAGCUGAAAGCUAAACGGUAGGAAAGCAUGGUUUCAUUGGUAUAUGUUCCAAAACUGUACAUAUUUUAUCUAGCAUGAACGAAGUGCGAGUAUUCGUUGUUAUUGUAAAUAAAAAUGAUUUUCUU